GUAAGUUCGAUUUACGGCAGAUUUACUUGAGCGCGCAAACGCAACAGACGGAAGACGGAAAAAAGCAAUCACCGAAAAAAAAUUCAACGAAACGUUAACUUAAAGAAAACCAAAACGAAAUAUAUUUUAUGGAAAAGUAACAACAGCAAAGUGUGUGCCAAUGGUUUAGGUUAAGAAAAAAAAAUUAAAAGAAACAACAAAUUGUUGGUUUUGGUGCAAAAUAGUUGUUGGUGUCUUAAAAAAGCACGAAAAGGCACAAAGUCGAAAAUAAAACAAGAUUGAGCGGCUAUUAACACAAUUAAUUUGAAAAAGAUAUAUAAAUAACUUUAUAACAAAAAAAAAUAAUAAUAAUAAUAUUUAAAAAAAGAGAGAAGUGGAAAAAAGAAGAAGUUCAAAAGUUUGUUGUAAAACCUUGGCCUUUUAAAAAAUAAAUUGAUAUAAAAAAUUGAAAAUAAUAACAGAAUCGUUAAAUUUAAAAACAAAAAAUCAUUGAUUACAUAAUAACAACAACUGAGUGGCAUACCAAAAACGGCGGUACAACAACCACAAAAAAAGUCAAUACCAGCCAAAUAAGCCAAACAAGUUAAAGGCCAUUGCAGCGGCAAAAAAAAAAAAAAAAAACCAAAAAUUCUUUAAAUUUCCAAUACUGUUUUGGUAUUUAGCCAAUAACUGCUAAUUAAUGUUGAAAAUCCUCUGACCUGAACUGUUAUCCAACAGUCAGCCCCCUUCCAUUUCUAUUCAAUAUUUACACCCCAAAAAAUAAGAGAAAAGAGAUCAAAAGCCCGCUGAAUUAUUAGCCAGAUAUGUGUGCGGAUACCGUUGCUGUCAUUCCAAAAUUCCGGAAUUUAUGGAUUUUUGCCUUGGCGCUCAGCUGUUUGAUAAUAAAUGCCGCUGCCCAAGAUCGUAACCAAACCCAAGUCUACGUCACCGAAUCGUGUCUGGAGAAACCCUUUCGAUGUCCCCAUCCCAAAAUCCAAUUCUAUUUGUACACACGAAGGACCCAAGAAGAGCCGGAGUUCAUAGAUGUACUCGAUGACAAUGCCCUCUAUUAUACACACUUCAAUCCCCGCCAUCCCACGAAGAUUGUAAUCCAUGGCUUUGGAGGUGGUCGUAAUCUGAGUCCAAGUCCGGAUAUACGAAAAGCCUAUUUCACAAUUGGUGAAUACAACAUUAUUAUUGUCGAUUAUGGUUCGGCGGUGAAGGAGCCAUGCCUCAGUCAAAUGGAAUGGGCACCAAGAUUUGGUGGCCUCUGUAUAUCACAGCUGGUGAAAUAUCUGCUGAGACAUCCGCGGGGAGUGCGUCCCGAUGAUAUACAUUUUAUUGGCUAUAGUGUGGGUGCCCAUAUUGCUGGUUUGGUGGCCAAUUACCUCCGACCGGAAGAGGGAAAAAUAGGACGCAUUACGGCAUUGGAUCCAACAAUUUUCUUCUAUGCCGGAACAAAUAAUUCCAAGGAUUUAGAUCCCAGUGAUGCCCAUUUCGUUGAUGUGCUACACACGGGCGCAGGAAUUUUGGGUCAGUGGCAUAGCAGUGGUCAUGCGGAUUUCUAUGUCAAUGGUGGCACCCGUCAACCAGCUUGUGUGGGAUCACCGACCAUUUUUCAAACACUGGCCUGCGACCACACCAAGGUCACGCCCUACUUCAUUGAGUCAAUAACAACAACCAAGGGCUUUUAUGCUGGACCAUGUCCCAAUCUAUUUACCUAUCUAAUAGGUUGGUGUGAACCCAAGGAUUCGGAAUAUGUGCUGAUGGGGGAGCAUGUUUCGCAUAAAGCUCGCGGUACCUACUACGUCACGACAAAUGCCAAACCUCCAUUUGCCCGCGGCUUUCCCGGCAAGGGAAGAUCAGCAGCAACCGGCGAAUAUUUGGGAGUACGAAGACGACGCCAUGUCCCUAAAUUUUAGGAAAAAAAAUAUAUUCUUUUAUUUUAGUAAAAAUUCGUUGUGAUUUUAAUUUUAGAAUUCUUCAUCUCCCCUCGUCGUCCCUUCUGUUGUAUUAUUAUUUUAUUUGUGAUUGUAAUUUCAUACGCCAUUUGUUUUUAUUGCAAUUUUGUUAUUACAGAAUGCAGUUUUGUAAAAUGUAUUUAUUUUCCACCAUUGAUUUUCGAUUAAGUGCGGCUAAUUGUUAAGUUUAAAUAAUAAAUAAUUUUAAUCGCGAAAAAAGGGUCCACACACAUUGUUAUAAGCAUCGAAGUUAAGAUUCUCUAAUGGGGGUGAAUAGGGGAAAAAGUUAUGGGAAAUUUGCACAGAAAUUAAAAAGGCUGAGGCCAUAUUAGACGAACUGUUUCAAAAUAUAAAAAUACGAGUCUUAUGGCCUAAAUAUGACAUAGAAAUCUCACGAGAUAAAUCGUUUGACAUUUGUGCGAAUUUCAGGAAAGCGAACAUAAUGUACUUAUAUAAAAGAAAACAAAAAUAAAAUGUCCUUCCCUUAUGAUCCCAUUAGAUAAUCUUAAGCCAUUUAAUAUUAAUAAUUAUAUCCCUAAAAUAAUAAAUUAUAUAAAUAUUUAACAUUACAUUUUUUUUAUUAUAAUUAUUUUAGCGGACCCUUUUCAGUAGAUUUUUUAAUUGAAUCAUUAUUUUUGUUGGGAUCUUGUUUGUGUGUUUAAAUAUUGUUACAUUCGUUUGCCGAACAAAUUGAUUGAUUUUAUUUUUGUAAAAUAAAUAAAAAUCUAAAUAAAGAAUAUUAUCGAUUUCUA